AUGCACAAACUCUUCUCCUGCGGGCUCAUCCUUGCCAUUGUCUUCAGUCCACUCCGAUCACUUCCAAUCUUGGACCCUAGCGAGAUUUCCUUUCGAAUACCAGCAUCUCAGGUCAUUAUUCUUCGAUGGCGACGCUUUGCUGACAGUCGUCUAUUUUCCAUCUUCCUUUUGAUAGAUUCAAAGAUGGAUUUUGGAGAUGUGAGCAGCUGGGAUGACACCCACUUAUUACAGAAUCUGCCUUCAUUUCUGGACAAGGGCAGAGACAUAGAUAUUGAUACAGAUGACAUUUUCGGCAAAGAAGGUCUUAGUCUUGGAACCUAUAAUAUGGACAAUGUUAUGAAAGAGGAGUGGUUGGACAAGCAGCCACAUAUGUCACUUUUGAGCCGUCUACAGUCUAAAGAGCGUAAACCUUAUAAGAAGCGAGCAGGGAAUUUGUCUGAAUGUUUUUGGAAAUACUGUGUUUAA